AUGGCGGCUGCUGCACCCACUCCGGAGCAACAGAGGGAGUAUCUUCGAGUCAAUGUGGACUCCGAUUUCCUUUAUCUUCUGGAGGAGCAUGGCGUGGAUUUAGCUUUGCAGUAUUCGGUGGCACAACACUACAAGAAUGUCCGUGCUUUUGCGGUUUUUGCAGAUGAUCGCGCCGCGGUGCGCACAGCUAUCUCGGCCGAUUUUGGGAUCCGGCCGGACACUGCGGCUGAUCGGGCAAGGAUCGCUUGUUUGGUGACGAGUUGGGAAGCUGCCCGCCUCCUCCGUGAGGAGGAGGCCAAACUCAAAGCCGAAGCCAAGGUUUUGGGCAUGCAGAAGCCCCUGGCGGCCUCAGAUCGGGCCGCGAUGCAUUUGGCUUUGGAGACUGUACGCGGAUAUGCCGUCACUGAGGCCGAGGAACCCGCUGCGGAGUACUUGGCACAUAAGCUUGAGCAGAUUGAAAAUGGCGAGCCAACUGCUUCCUACUUGGAUGAGGUCAUCUCCCGCAAGGAGGCGAACUCGUUGCAACUGCAGACGGUGUUGGAUAACCAAGGUCGGCUCCGAGUCACCCGUCAGAGGCCCAAGGGAAAACUCCCUCAAGGCACCGAGGAUCUUCGUGCAAAGAUUCGCUUGGAAGCAUCCACUUGGGUCAUGUUGUCUGCCAAGUGCCGGGGCCGGGCUUACCUUCAGGGAUUGGAGCUGAGCCACUUUGACCGGUAUUUGGAGUACCUGCUGGGUGACCGUUGCUACACGCUGCAGGUGUCUUCUGCUAUGCCCUCGAGUUCCACGGCAGGCCAGGACCGUCAUACUCUGCCCGUUCCCUGGGGUGUGCUCCUGCAGUACGAAUAUGAGAUGAGGAAAUGGGCCAUCAACCGGAUCCUCCUUAGCCACCACGAACUUCAUUUUACAUCGCAAGUGGCUCUUGCGAGGCGUUCCGGCCACGAUGAGCAAGCUCAGUUGCCUCCUUUGAAGUGGUCUCGCAAAGGGGAGAAAGGUGACAAGGGACGCGGCAAGGGCUCCGGCAAGACAGGUUCCAAGACAGAUGGACGGAUCAAGGUGGGCGACAGCUGGUUUGAUCUGGUUUCAAAGACACCUGAUGGCCGGGAGUUGUGCUAUGCUUUCAACAUCAAGCGGGGCUGCCAGAACAAGGGAUGCAAGCGAGUGCAUGCGUGCCGAAUCAAGGGUUGCCAAGGCAACCAUCCCGCCUUCCAACAUGGUGCUCAGGGCGGCAGCUGA